AUGCUGGAGACGGAUGCUGAGAAGCCGGGGCAGAUGCACUCGGAGGACGGGAAGGCAGCAGCGGGUGAUGCUCCUCCAGCCACAGAGGCACCAGCUCCGGCUGAGCCCAGGGAAGCUCUGGGAGCCACCCAGGGUCCUGUCCUGUCAAAAAAGCAGCCGGUGGCCACCGAGAAAGACGAGGAGGAGGAGGAUGAGGAGGAAGAUGAGGAUGAGGAGGAUGAAGAGGAGGACAGCGACGAGCACUACUUGGAAAGGAACGAGGUGAAGCGCAGCAGCAUGAUCGAGACGUCGGGCUGCCAGCCUGUCUACACGCUGAGCGUGCAGAGCUCCCUGCGGCGCCGGACCCACAGCGAGGGCAGCCUGCUGCAGGAGACCAAGAGCCACUGCUUCACCUCCGACACCACCCUCAACUGCCCAUCCGACAGCCAGGGCACCAAGGAGCACUGGGCACUGCCCUCCCCCAGGACCCUCAAGAAGGAGCUGGCUAAAAACGGCGGCUCCAUCCACCAGCUCACCCUGCUGUUCUCGGGCCACAGGAAGCUGAGCGGAGCCGAAGCUGAAUGCAGCUGUGACGAAGGGGACGAGACCUCCCGCAAGAAAUGGAGCAGGAGCCUGUAA